ACCAUGACGGACAGGGAGGAGGACAAGCAGGGCUGCACAGCUUUAUCACACACAUUUUGUUUGCAGCUCUUUAAUUCGACUCAGCUACAAGCCAGCAUGGAGGCUGGCGGGGAGAUAAGUUCCUGCGCCGACUGUUUAUUGAAUAAGCUUGAAUCUGUUGGCUCUGUUUGUUUUUGAAUGUGCAAGGAUCUUUCCAGCCUGAGGACAGGAGCAUGAUGCUCAGUCCUGACCAGUCCGGCCUGCCCUGGGGACAAAGGGACACAGAGUCCUUGUUGGACACUUUCAACGUGCAGUGUGGGUCCAUGCCGGCCGAACCCGAGGAUGGAGAGGGCAAGGCGCGCUCCGUGCAUGUGCCCGGCCUCAGCAGGGAGGAGAAGAGGAGGAGGAGGCGCGCCACAGCUAAAUAUCGUUCUGCGCACGCCACCAGGGAGCGCGUCCGUGUGGUGGCUUUUAACGUGGCCUUUGCAGAGCUGAGGAAACUGCUGCCAACGCUCCCACCUGACAAGAAGUUGUCCAAGAUUGAGAUCCUGAGACUCGCGAUCUGUUACAUCUCCUACCUCAACCACGUGCUGGAUGUUUAGACUGAGAGGACCAACAGGAGGCAGCAGGGUGACAGCUGAAGGAUUUCUGAAUAUUUAUACCAGAAGAAUUGGUGAAAAACAUUUUAUAUGUGGGCUUAUGCAGAUAUAUAAAACUAAUGACACAUUGUACACUACCCUACAUCCUAGUUAUUGGAUCAUAUAUCAUAUUUUUCAUUGUGGGGGACAGAACUACAGGCUUACAGUCUUUAUGGACAAACUGCUGAAACAUUGCAAUGCUUGAUCAUACAUUUUUUUGCCUUGUCUUUCGCUGUGGCUCUUUUUUUCCUCCUGUUUGAAACAAUUUGUAAAUAUUUUAAUUCAAUUGCACGAAAAAUAGUCUGGACUUGUGUGCUUUGCACUAUGCAGGAUUAAGUUGCAGCUAAAGUGAAAUCCAUAUGUUGAAAAUAAACACUGACAGCUUAAAAAAU